GCGCCGGCAGCGAGCCGCGGAGCUAGGCGAGGCCGGUGCGCCAGCGCCCGCAGCGCCCUCCGGCUCCGGCUGGGGACAGGGGCCACUGGCAGUGGCCCGGGCAGCGGAAUCCGCGCGGUGGCAUCCCUAGUUGCCCCGGGCGCCUUCCUCGGGACCUGGUCGCCCCCUUGCCUCGCCCUCUGCACCCUACUUCUACCCUCCUUCCCAGCCCUGCCCGCCUCUGCCCCAACCCCCGAGAGUCGGGUUGAGCCCAGGCCCGCGCAGCGGCUGUUGCUCCUGUCGCUGCCUCGCCUCCAGUCUGGGUGCUCUGCUGGGAGCCCCCCGAGGAGGCAGCGCGCGCUGCGGGCUGGGAGGGAGGCGCCGCUCAGCCCGCUGGCCUCCUCCUCCUCCACCUCCUCCUCCUCCUCCUGCUGCCGCCGCCGCGGGUCCGUGCGCACCCCACACCCCACACCCCCCACCCCCAGCCGGGCCUCGGGGGACAUCUCCAGACUUUGAUUUGGCUGAAGUAACUUAUCCCACAGAGCUGUGGGCAUGCCUGGAAUUGAGAGACACAGUUAAAAGACUCCCAAUUGAUUCCUACCUUUGAAAACUCCUGAAAACCAUCCCUUCGGACUCUGGAAUUAUACACAUCUCAACCAAGACUUUGCCUGGAUGUUUACAUUUUCUGCUUGCUGUCCUAUAUACCACUAUAUAGUGUUCACCUUUUGUUGAAACUUUGGAGUGUCAGGAGUUGAGCUUGGCUCAUUCUGAGUUGAGCUUGGCUCAUCCCAGCAUGGCUAGGAUGAGCUUUGUUUUAGCAGCUUGCCAACUGGUGCUGGGCUUGCUAAUGACUUCAUUAACUGUGUCUUCCCUACAAAAUAGUGAGUGUCCACAACUCUGUGUAUGUGAAAUUAGGCCCUGGUUUACCCCACAGUCAACAUACAGAGAAGCCACUACUGUUGAUUGCAAUGAUCUCCGCUUAACAAGGAUUCCCAGCAACCUUUCUAGUGAUACUCAAGUGCUUCUCUUACAGAGCAAUAACAUCGCAAAGACUGUGGAUGAGCUCCAGCAGCUUUUCAACUUAACUGAGCUAGAUUUCUCCCAAAACAACUUUACAAAUAUUAAGGAGGUAGGGCUGGCAAACCUGACCCAACUCACUACUCUACAUUUGGAGGAAAAUCAGAUUACAGAAAUGACUGAUUACUGUCUGCAAGACCUUAGCAACCUUCAAGAACUCUAUAUCAACCAUAACCAGAUUAGCACUAUUUCUGCUAAUGCUUUUUCAGGCUUAAAAAAUCUUUUAAGGCUCCACUUGAACUCCAAUAAAUUGAAAGUUAUCGAUAGCCGCUGGUUUGAUUCAACACCUAACCUGGAAAUUCUCAUGAUUGGGGAAAACCCUGUGAUUGGAAUUCUAGAUAUGAACUUUAAACCCCUCUCAAAUUUGAGAAGCCUGGUUUUGGCAGGAAUGUAUCUCACUGAUAUUCCUGGAAAUGCCUUGGUGGGCUUGGAUAGCCUUGAAAGCCUGUCCUUUUAUGACAACAAGCUGGUCAAAGUCCCUCAACUUGCCCUGCAAAAGGUUCCAAAUUUAAAAUUCUUAGACCUCAACAAAAACCCUAUUCACAAAAUCCAAGAAGGGGAUUUCAAAAAUAUGCUCCGGCUAAAAGAACUGGGAAUCAACAAUAUGGGGGAACUCGUUUCUGUGGAUCGCUAUGCCCUUGAUAACUUGCCUGAACUCACAAAGUUAGAAGCCACCAAUAACCCCAAAUUAUCUUAUAUCCACCGUUUGGCUUUUCGAAGUGUUCCUGCCCUGGAAAGCUUAAUGUUGAACAAUAAUGCCUUGAAUGCUGUUUACCAAAAGACAGUAGAGUCUCUUCCCAAUCUUCGUGAGAUCAGUAUCCACAGCAAUCCCCUGAGGUGUGAUUGUGUCAUCCAUUGGAUUAACUCCAACAAGACCAACAUCCGUUUCAUGGAGCCUUUGUCCAUGUUCUGUGCCAUGCCUCCUGAAUAUAGAGGGCAGCAGGUAAAGGAAGUUUUAAUCCAGGAUUCAAGUGAACAGUGUCUCCCAAUGAUAUCUCAUGACACAUUUCCAAAUCAUUUAAACAUGGAUAUUGGCACAACAGUUUUCCUAGACUGUAGGGCCAUGGCUGAGCCAGAACCCGAAAUUUACUGGGUCACUCCUCUUGGAAAUAAGAUAACUGUGGAUACACUUUCAGAUAAAUACAAGCUAAGUAGUGAAGGUACUUUAGAAAUAUCUAACAUACAAAUUGAAGACUCAGGAAGAUACACUUGUGUUGCCCAGAACGUGGAAGGGGCCGACACACGUGUGGUAACAAUUAAGGUUAAUGGAACCCUUCUGGAUGGUACCCAGGUGCUGAAAAUAUAUGUAAAGCAGACCGAAUCUCAUUCUAUUUUAGUGUCCUGGAAAGUUAAUUCCAAUGUCAUGACCUCAAACUUAAAAUGGUCAUCUGCCACCAUGAAAAUUGACAAUCCUCACAUAACAUAUACUGCCAGGGUCCCAGUAGAUGUUCAUGAGUACAACCUAACACAUUUGCAGCCUUCCACAGAUUAUGAAGUGUGUCUCACAGUGUCUAAUAUUCAUCAGCAGACUCAAAAAUCAUGUGUUAACGUCACAACUAAAAAUGCCGCCUUUGCACUGGACAUUUCUGAUCAAGAAACAAGUACAGCCCUUGCUGCAGUAAUGGGAUCCAUGUUUGCCGUCAUUAGCCUUGCAUCCAUUGCUGUGUACAUUGCUAAAAGGUUUAAGAGAAAAAACUACCACCAUUCAUUAAAAAAGUAUAUGCAAAAAACUUCUUCAAUCCCGCUAAAUGAGCUGUACCCACCACUCAUUAACCUCUGGGAAGGUGACAGCGAGAAAGACAAAGAUGGUUCUGCAGACACCAAGCCAACCCAGGUUGACACAUCCAGAAGCUAUUACAUGUGGUAACUCAGUGGAUAUUUUGCUUCUGGUAGUAAGGAGCACAAAGACGUUUUUGCUUUAUUCUGCAAAAGUAACAAGUUGAAGACUUUUGUAUUUUUGACUUUGCUAGUUUGUGGCAGAGUGGAGAGGACGGGUGGAUAUUUCAAAUUUUUUUAGUAUAGCGUAUCGCAAGGGUUUGACACGGCUGGCAGCAUCUCUAGGCUUCCAGUUUGUGUUUGGUUUUUAUUCUUAUCAUUAUUAUGAUUAUUAUUAUUAUUAUAUUAUUAUUAUUAUUAUUAUUUUGUUUUAGUUGUUGUGCUAAACUCAAUAAUGCUGAUCUAACUACAAUGCUCAAUAAAAUGAUUAAUGACAGGUUGGGGUUCCCCUGUGCUUUUACCCCUUCUUCUGAAGCCAUCAGUAGAAAGUAUCAUGUCCUCCAAAAAGCUAACAUACAGUGUGAAGCAGCAUUGAACCUUUUGUAGCAAUCUGGUCUACAGACUUUUAACUCAAGAAGCUAAGACUAGAUUUGUUACCUUAUUGAAUGAUGUUAGUUGACUGUACUGUAAUGUUGUAUCAACUGAAUUGAAUGUUUGCCUUUGAACAAUGACUUCUUUUUUUGUAAUAGUUAAAGAGGCUUAGAACAAGCUAACAGGCAAUAGAAAUAUGUAUAUCAGAUUUUUUAAUGUAACAAACUACAUGUUAAUUGUUACCUUAUUCUUUUUAUCUUUAGUAGACACUUUUAAAAGAAAAGACAAUUUUGUUGUGUUUAACUCACCAACAUGUGGUGUUUAAUGAAGACAGAACUAUAAUAAAUUAGUUUUGUUCUGAUUUUUUAGAACACUUGCAAUAAUGUAUCAUUUAUAGUUCUUGCUAGUUGCAGUGGUGAUAUAUUUCACAUCCCUAAAACAACCACCAAAAUAAAUCAACUAAAGCAUGAUGCUUUUUAAAACUAGGCCCAAAAAAGUUUUGAAUUCUUUUUAUAUUCAAAUAAAAUAUCUAUUUUAGUGAAGAUAUUUUAAUGAAAAGUAUUUCUAUAUUUUAAAUAUUACCAAUCAGACCUAAUGGAGGGUAACAUUCUUAUGAACAAAAGCAUAUUACUGUAUCCCAUACGUAAAUGUCGUUUAAAAAUAGAGAUAGACACAUUGAUAAAGAGAUAGAUAUGUCACAUUCCUUUUCUGUAAGGGUUUUGUUAAAAUCUGAAUUUAUUUAGUAGUAUCCACACUCUCCAUCAAAGUCUAAAACAUACAGCUAUGCAGUAUCCCAAAAUAUAUGUUAUUCCUUUUUUUAAUGGCUUUCUAUAUGCUAGACCCAUAUUAGCCCAUAUAUCCAUGUAGAGAUAUCUGCUGAGACAAGUAAAUGGUUAAUAGAAAACUGAACAACUUCUGUACAUUUGGCAUUUUUCAGCCAAAUAAUAUAUAGAGACAGUUUGGCAGAAUUAAAUGUUUACUGGGAAAUGUAUGUAUGACAUUUAGGACAGAAAAAAAAAGCUAGAUUUAGGUAGAAGGUCAGUUCCACAAAGUAUGUGUGUUGGGGGAUGUGGGGGGAGAAUUGAAGAUAUAGUUAGAAGAACAAGGAACCAUUUGAACAUGCAGAUUAAUAAUACAGAGAAAUAAAGAAAAGCUUCUCCAGAUGGCACCUGCUGCCAGGGACAUGCCGUCACACCAAGAAUGAUAAGACUGUAAAAGGAGACUGAGUGCUAGCAGGUGCCAGCUGAGCAAAAGCAAGAAGGAAGCAGAAAGAACAUGCAGGUGAGGCAAACUGAAAGGAUUUCUUUCUUUGUAAAAUUCCUUGUUUCAUGAAUCAUUUAGGAAAAAAAAAGAUAAUUUUUUUCCCAUUUCUAAAGGGGAAAAGUUUUUUUCAUAUGCUAAAGCAAAUAAGCUGCAGCAGCAAAACAAGCGUAUGAAGUAGAAGCAUCUCUUCCCACAGCCUUCAUUUCUUGGUGAGAAAAACUAAUACCCAGAGAAGAAUUGUAACUUGCCCUGGUCAGACUCUCCCGCCCACUGAGAACUGCACUCUCAUCUUUUGCUCUGGAUCCUGCGGCUCUCUAGACUCCUGUGCAGAGCUUGUCUCUCACAGUUCUCAACAACCUCUAGUGAUCUCGCUUCAAAAAUGCAUUAUAUCCUCAAAUUCUCAUUUACUCAGGACAAAAUUCAGCACAAGGGCAGAACUGGAGGGUCAGGAAAGCUUCUCCAUUGUUGACAUUACCAAGUACAUACAUGUAGGAAACCCAAAGAAUUGAAAUUGCUUUGAAUGCAACCAUGGGGAAGUUUCCUUUUUGGGUGAUUCUUGUCUUCAAAUGUCUACAGAUAGUAAUACACCAUCUAACAAACCCCUGGUAAUUCUGCAAGCAAUGAAGGGGAGUGGCACCAAAGCAUUAGGCCUAGAGCAAGGAGAAAAGAGGAAGCAUUGUUAAUCCUAUAAAGCAAUGAUUUGAACCUGGCACAUAGUCAUCACUCAAAUACUAGUGGAAUAAAUGAAGGAAAACAACCAUUUCUCUAUUCUGGUUACAUAGCAAGCACCAGGGAAUUCAAGUGUUUUUGUCAACUACCUUUUGCCAGGCUAGUUUGGGGAAAACAGUCCCUUUUAACUUUUACUCCUCCAAUAAAAUAUUUUGAGCUUAUUUUUCCUUGUCUGUGCUAAUUGGGUUGGUUUUCAGCUGAUAGAAAGCAAAAUGGCAUGGUACUUUUUUCCGUAGCCAAGUAUUUCUUCAUUUGUGCUUAAUUCAAUUUGAUAAGUUAGACAGCCAGUGAAAUUAGGCAUCAAAGUAGUUCCUCAUUGAUAAUGAAGGUUAUAUCACCUUGACCAGUGAAGUGACUAUUACAGGUCACUUGCUAAUUUCAUAUUUCCCUUUGGCUUCCUGCUGCCCUCAGGACAUACAAUGUAUUUCUAACCUGAUUUUACGAGGUUAUUUUUGGAGGUGUUUCUUAAAACAGGCAUUCUCAAAUUUGCCUGUUUAAUUAAUGACAUAUUGAACUGAUGCCAUGGAUAUAAAAACAAAUGCAAUGUUUGAAUAUCAUUUUUUCUAAUUUGGCUGUGGGUUUAGUUUAGCAAAAAGGAAACAACCCCAUUCUUUAGCAAACAAACACUACUAAAGUCCAUUAUUUUCUCUUAUGUGGUUUUCUACUCAUUCAUUCAUUCAUUCAUUUGCUGAAAACCCCACGAUCAACUCUACCUGCCAUUUUCUUUUUUUAUCUCUGCAUUCAUCUUCCAAAGCAUUUUCUUUUCUUCCUUGCUGUUUUUUUAUUAAUGGAGGAAGAAAAAUAUUUUGUAUCUGUAGCACUCUGACAGGAAAACCAUACUUUCUGCUUUACUAGUCAUUGGAAAGGGGAAUUUAACUACUUCUGAUGCAUUCUAACUACAACUGAAAAUGUUUUCUUUACCUCAGUCUUUUCACUCUUACCCUGGUUGCAAAUAGACUUUAUUAUUAUUAUUCAUUGUUAACUGGAGGUAAAAUAUUUCUAUUAAGAUGAGUUUUAGAAUCACCCUCCAGAGCUGUAGAAUAAUCUUGGUCUAAAAAUCUCUGCAGGGCUCAGAUAGGUAUGAUUUCUCUGCUCUCUUCUCCUGCCCCCACAUAACUCUGGAGAGAAGGAUCAGCCCUUGUUCUGCAAACCCUAAGUCAGAAACUUAGGGCCCAUGGUAAAAAUAAGAUGACAGUGGAACUCAUUAUUUCUGAACUUGGUUAGGCAUUGCCCAGCACAGGUUAAUGGAACUAAAUGAGUGGGAGUUUUGAUUGUUUGUUUUAUUUUGUAGAAUUCCUCAGAGACUUGAUGGCACUAAAAUAAAGUACACAGCAUUUCCCACAGCCUUUUACCAUUGGUAUGUCUCGGUACUAUUCCAUCCUAUAGAUCCUGAGAAGUUGAAGAUUUAACUUGACCCCCAAAACAGUUCAAAUGAACUGGGUAUUAUUCUUUCCACUUUACAGAUAAGGAAACUAAGGCCCAUAGGAGUAGUCAUUUGCUUGACACCAGAAAGCUCCAUAGGAGGGUGACUACACUGGAGCCCUUCACUUCCAGUUUCUUCUCCUCUGUCCAGCAGCCUUCUAAAAAGUGGAGAGAGGCGCAUCUGUGAAAGGGCAGAGGCUGGAUGUCACAGGGCAUGUGGGAAAGACAGUACACCAAAGAGAGCUAAUGGGAGAGGACAUUUUAUGUCUAAAAUGCACUUAUCUCUUCCCCCUUAAGAAGCUUUAUGUGCUGGGGAUCUGUGAGCUUCGCCUCAAAACUGUUUAUGUCAGGCUAAAUUUUAAUUCAAAUCUUCAAUUCUCCCUAUACUUUCCUGUUACCUGCUCAGAAAAUUAAAGUUUUAAAGAUUUUGUGGAGGAGACUCCAAGCUCAUUCUUUUCCUUAGCAGUAAACCAGGGAAGGCAAUGUAAAAAAAACCUGACAAAUUUCAUGUUUAGCUCAAAAGCACCUGUGGGGAAAUGUGAAGUUCAUGUAAUUGGGUAGUUGUAAGGGCGGCAUCUGACACACCUGGAAACAAAUGACUUGUAGAAUCACCAUGUUCAUGGAGUCUGUGGGAUACUUAUACACAGGAAACUGUUCCCUCAAAUGAGUCCAUCUGGAAGCCAUGGGACAUUAAAAAGGUAUCUUUUUUCUUUUUUUUUUAAUAAAGGAAAUAGCCUCCUCCAACAUAUCCCAUUGUCAGUUAUAUACUACUUUUGAUGAAGCAAAACCAUUCUCCUGUACCUCACUAAAGUAGUUCUGGCACAGUGUGGGUCAGACAUUGCUGCUUUCUCCUUUCCUCCUUGGUGUUCCUCUUCCUCCCAUAGGAUUAAAAUGACAAGGUAAAUUUCAGCCUGGGCCCUGACAGAAUGAUCAUGAAUUCCUAAAAAGGGGGCUGUCCUGAAUUAAGUAAUAUUUUAAUGUAUCAGUCAUCUUGUUAGCAUGUCUCACUAAUAUAAACAGGAAACAGGGUUAGGGGGGAGGGAACAAACCACUUACCAUAGUGACUUCUGAAGGAAUAAGGAGGGAAAACACUGUAUAUGGCUCUUCUCUAGGAGCUUCACCUAGAUCAUUUACAUUUAAUCCUCUUGAUUGCCCCAGGUGAGUCCUAUCAUCCUUACAUUAGAGAAUGAUUAAAAAAAAAAAAAAAGAAAGAAAAGAAAAAAAAAUGGGUACCCAGCCUCAGAGAUGCUGGUAAGAGCAGAAUGUUAACUCAGGGGUCUAUAUGACUGAGACAGGGAUUCCUUUAUAAAAUGAUCUGUAAAAAAUAAAAUGGUCUGCAGGCUAAAUCUGGAUCAGGCAUGUAGAACACAUAGCCCAAAAGUCAGUUUGGCACUUGAGACAAAAGGAAAAAAAAGGAGCAAAGGAAAAUAAUGCCCAGCAGUGGGCCUCCGAGUUACAGGCAUCUAAUUAAAGGUCCAAACCUGAGAUAAAUACAUGGAAACAACAGCAAGCCAAAGAGACUAAAUAAAAUUAAAGGACAACUAUUCAAAGUUUGUGACAACAUCUGCAUAUAAACAAAUGGAAGACAGUGAAGCUGCAGAAGAAGAAAAUUGUUUAAAAAUGGUGGGGCAAGGUGGAAGUCUGAGUAGAUACCAUAUAUCGCUCUAUGUGAAACACUUGGCAUAUUCCAGAUGUGCUAAGCACUUGACCUGUGUUAUCUCAUGGAACCUUGAAUAACUAUGAGAAGUAGAUCUCCAUUUUUCACAUGGAGAAGCUGAGUUUCAGUUCACCAGUCAUUAGUGAUGAAGUCCAGGUUUCAACCCUGGUUGUCAGAAUCCAAAACGCAAGAUUAGCCACUAAACUUUCUUCUAGUUAAAGAAGCUCUCAGUACUGGGCUCUCCAUCCCAUUUGCUUGAUUGGUUUAGUUCUUUCCUGAGAGUGGGGGAGCAAGAAAAAGAGUAGGUUUCCUGACCCAUGUAGGAUCUCUCCUGGACCUUCCCACAAAAGGUUUGUUAACAUGGAAUUAAUGCUACAGGCUUAAGAGGAAAAAUGCUGCCUCUUUUUCUUUUGUAACCCUUAAAGUUAGUCAUACAUUUUAAUAAUUUGACCUGUUUUUUAAAGCUAUACCACAUUAUUCAGAGCAAAGGCUUGUUCCAAUUCCCUAUGUAAUCUAAUCUUAACUUUCCUGUAAAUUUUUCCAGGGUAUGGGGUGCAGGGAGGACAUACUAACUUGAGAUCUGUUGAAGUGGGGAGUUUUACACCUAAUCCCAUAUCUCUGUGAUCUCAAUAGCCCUUAAUUAAAAAAAUCUAUUACUCUUUAUCUUCUAAGAGACAAAUUGGUUUAAGUAUCUCCCAUUCUACUGACGAAACUGUGAAAGGAAAGCCACUAUGACUCUUAACUAAAAUAUAUGCUCCCAUAUUAUUUUCCUUGUUAGAAGAUCACACACUUAAAACAAUGCUUGAUUUCCCCUAAUUUUAUUCUAACGGGUUAGGUGUAUUCCCUUCCCCCACACCAGAAGAUAGUUCCUAUCUGCCAUUCAUUUUGAAAUGCUAUUUUUUUUUUACUUCUAACACUAAUGUAUGUUCACUCUAGAGAAUCUGGAGAAAAGUAUGUAUUAGGAAAAAAUAGCACAUAAUUCCACAAUUCUAAAAAAAGUGAAAUUUUGGUGUACUUCUGAUCUUUGAUCCCUCUGCAUAUAGUUAUAUAUGUAUAUAUACAUGUAAUUAUAAAAAUAUAUGUCUUUAUGAAUAUAGAAUUAGUA